UUUCAGCUAUAAACGAGAACAUGGAGUUGAGGACAAGAGCUUGCUCGUAAAAUAUGAGUGGUAAAAUAUAAGGCUAUUUUCGCAAUUCUUUAGGUGCUUGCUUCCUUCAGUCAUUUGGAAACACUGAUCAAUGUGGCAGAUCAUCCCUUUGGAUCAUCAUUUGGCAUCAGGGUCAAAUUGGGUUCACCAUGGACGGAAUCUGCCCGGACUUUGUCCUGGAGCUGUAUCUUCGGGGCGAGACACCCCAAGUGGUGUUGGUACCAAAUGGGGCCAGUGCCCAAACGCGAGGCGUGUCCAAAUGCCCGUUGAGGAUCCGUGGUCCGUUUUCUCCCGCUGGCCAAGGAAAUCCGGUGGAUGAAUCGGUGGAGAAAUCCGAGACUGAGGAGUCGGAUGACUCUCGAAAUCCGGAAGUCUCUAACAAGAAAGCCUUUCAAGCCACAAACGAAUUUCCAUCCGCCCUGAUUUUGAGGGAGUCUUGUGUUACUCCCCAUGUUCAGCAAUAUAGUAUUCCUGUUGGUGAACAAAUUACUAUAGGCAGGAAAGAAACGUGCGACGUUGUGAUUGCCCAUCCCAAAGUAUCGCGGUAUCACGCCGCAAUUUCCGUUCUUCCGAGAGGAGAUACUGUUCUGAGUGUGAUUGGAUCGAAAUCAGUGACCCUUAAUGGAAGCCGAUGUGCUCCGGUGAUGCACAAUAAGUUAAUAUCUUUGAACAGGGGUGACAAAAUUGUUAUCGGAAGUGAGACCUUUAUAUUGGCGGAGGUUCCCAAUGGCGCCCUCGAAAAUGUAGAUAGAGUGAGACGAGAUUUGACUAACUCAACUCCGAAAGCGAUCCGUACUUACUUUCACAAAAGUCCUGUUGUGAAAAAUGUCCCUACCCCAAAUGAAUGUAUGCGUCCUUCGAAGAAACAAGUAUUCUAUGACACCACGACUCCACCACCACCUUACAACAGCCCCGUUCCCGUGGGUUUGAACGACGUGUCCCACCUCCAUUGUCCAACACCAAUCAAGUACCAAUCUUUGAGAGCAAUUGAUCCUGAAAAAGAUCUAGACGAGCCGUUUGCUCCGCUUCGAGAAACUCAAUCGGUCUUCCAUGGCAAUUCCUCUAAAAUGUCAAUCCCUCCGACAGGAAAACUCCAGCACCAUUUUCCUUCUCGAACCAAGAUCAAUCAGCACCAAAUGCACAGAGAUCAAGCUCAGUGGCGUCUGAUGGAAAUCAAGAAACCCAUCUUCAGGUUGGAUAAUGUGACAAGUGCGUGGAAAAACUUCAAUGCAAAUGACAUGAAUGAACGCCACCUGGAAGAAUAUUCUCAGAAACGAGAAGGAGCCAGGAGUGAGAUAUUGUUAGGUUUACCAAUUCAAAAGCAAACAAAAAAAAUCGAAUAUGGAGAGCGAAGAAAUCAGAAGAUGUAUGUCCCCGAUGAUUUUCCAAAAAUUGAUGUGCUGGAGAACGAGGAUCCAUUCCCACGCUCUCAGUUUCAAAACUUGAAACCAUCUGACGUCCCAACACCCCAAAAAAAGCUCGAGAGAAAAAAGGAAUUCAGAAAACGAAAUAAGGAGGCCCUAGCACCCAUUAGGAGGUGUGCCAUGUUCUCCGCCCGGGAACCACGAUGUUGUCUCACUUGUGGGUCGUCAAGCGAAUCUUUCACAAUCUCCAUCUGAAGAGGACCCUGAUGUUAUUGUUGAAGACACACGUUCACUCUUGAUCCCAAGACACGAAAGGGUUUAAUUUCCCGUCAAAAAUGACUUCUGUUAAGUGACCUAUUCAUGUACAAGUUGAGACUAACUUAUACGAGUCCAGUAUUUUUAUGUGUCAAUAAGAAACAUCUCGAAGAAUAUG